GCAGUCCCUGCAGGGAUGAUGUGUCACCAGGAACAAGCUACUACCAAUAAAGAGCGAGGGCCGGGAGUGUUGGUGCAGCAGCUGCAGAGAAUUGAGACCAUUGACCAGUUUGAAUACGAUGGCUGUGAUAACUGUGAUGCAUACUUACAGAUGAAAGGCAAUAGGGAGAUGGUGUAUGACUGUACUAGUUCCUCAUUUGAUGGGAUUAUUUCUAUGAUGAGUCCUGAUGACAGUUGGGUGUCCAAGUGGCAGAGAAUAACUAACUUUAAACCAGGAGUGUAUGCUGUAUCUGUCACAGGACGACUUCCACAAGGUAUAGUACGUGAACUGAAGAGCCGCGGCGUGGUUUACAAAUCCAGAGACACUGCCAUCAAGACGUGACUGAAACAGAAGGGCUGGUGCAGAGAUUGGGUUGAUGUCUGUCUUCUCUUCCGUUGGUUUUAUUUUCCUGUUAUGUUGCUGAAACUGUGGUUUCCCUGCAGUUGGGGGAUGGUUGUGCCACCACACAUACAGGCACAUUAUGUCUUUGUUCCUACAUCAGACAAACAGAAACUAGAAGAGAGUCAUGGGGGUAUUUUGCUGGUUGUUUUUGAUUGAAAAAAAAUAAAAUUUGUUGUCUAUG